AUGCAACGAGCAAAGAAGAAUCCCGCCAGUAGCGUGAAAGUCCGUUUCGACGGACUCGACGUGACGGCCAUGGUGUCGCACGUACAACGCCGCUUGCUCGGACGCAAAAUUAUCAACGUCUACGAUGGCGACAACGGCGAAACGUACGUCUUCAAGCUGGAUAGUAGUGGUGGGACUACUAUCAGCAACAACAACAACAACACUAGCAACUCUAAAGAGUUCUUGUUACUGGAGUCGGGAAUUCGCUUUCACCCGCUGGAGCAUUUCGAGUCAAACUUGCCCAUGCCGACACCGUUCUGUGCCAAGCUGCGCAAGCAUUUGCGGGGACUCCGACUGGAGCAAAUAUCGCAAAUUGGGACCGAUCGAGUGAUACUCUUGCAAUUUGGUUCCGGAGCUUCCCGGCACGCUUUGAUACUGGAACUGUACGCCAAAGGAAACAUUAUCUUGACGGAGGGGAUUCAUUACACCAUACUGGCACUUUUACGAUCGCACGUCUACGAAAAGGAUCAGGUCGCCGUCCAAGUUGGACAGGUCUAUCCUGUUACGUAUGCCACAUCGGUACAAAAAGACAACCAAACCGUAGCGAAUGCUGUUGCGGCUACCGAUACUCAACCCGAAAACGAUCCGUCACCAACUUCUAGAAUCAUGGACACUGCAUGCGCUGCCAAAAACAAAAAUGGUAUUCUAAAUAUGUCGAUUGAGGAGAUUCAAGCAUCCUUGGCGCUGCUACUCGAGCCGGCACCGGUAUCAGCAACGACCAAAAAAGGGAAAAAAGGAAGCCCGCUCAACUUGAAAACGCUCUUAUUGCAACCCCAAUGGGGUGUCUCUCAGUACGGACCCGCACUACUGGAGCACUGUAUUUUACAGGCAAAUCUGCUACCGCAUGCAUCGAUCAAGGAGACCGUGCUGCAGGCGGCUGAUUGGGAACGACUGCAAACAUCGCUAAGCGAACAAGGUCCUGCCAUCAUGUAUAAUCUACACUCGGCAGCGAUCGACACGCCCGGCUACAUUCUUUAUCAACCUCGCGUGGAGGAAGAUAUCGUUAACGGCAAGCCGCAUUCUGAAAAUCUGUCGUCGGCAGUUGCAGUCGUGGCCAAAGAAUUAGCACACGCUGAUAAAGUACUGCUCGAAUUCCAACCCCACUUGCUUGCCCAACACCAGAAUUGUCCCCGGUUGGAGUACAAACACUUCGGCGCCGCCGUGGCUGACUUUUUCGCGCAUAUGGUUGCCCAGAAACGCCUUCUCAAGGUCCAAGCCUCGGAAAUGGCCGUCCAAGAAAAACUGCGGAAAGUACAACAAGAUCAAGCCGAUCGCGUGAUGGCUUUGGAACGCGACCAGCAAACGCUACAAGCUUAUGCCCAGGUAGUCAAGAACAACGCGGAAAACGUUGACAAGGCCUUGCUAGUGAUAAACUCAGCUUUGGAUAGUGGUAUGGAUUGGGAUCAACUGAUUGAACUUGUGAGUGUUGAACAGGCAAAUAGAAAUCCGAUUGCUAAUUUGAUUGUCCGCUUGGAAUUGGAAAAUGAAAUCAUGAUACUACGACUGCCUCGAGACCCGUUCGACGAAUUGUCUGACGUGUUGAAUGUGAAUGUGUCGUUGAAAGAUUCGGCGCAUGCCAACGCCAGUGCGCUGUUUGCAAAGUAUAGGGCAUCCAAGGAGAAGACACAAAAAACUCUUGAAUCGUCAAGUAAGGCUUUACAGGCGGCCGAAGAAAGCGCCCAACGGCAAUUGAUCGAAGCCCAACGACGCACGAAACAAACUGUCGCUGCCGUCAAGCGCAAGCCAGCUUGGUACGAAAAGUUUCACUGGUUUGUCACUAGUGACAACUAUCUGGUGCUAGGCGGUAAGGACGCCCACCAGAAUGAGUUGUUGGUCAAACGAUACUUGCGGGCCGGGGACGCUUACUUGCAUGCUGAAGUGCACGGAGCUGCCUCGUGUAUUCUUCGUGCUAAACGUCGACGACUCCCGAACGGAGCCACCCAGAGUAUACCCUUGUCUGACCAGGCCCUGCGGGAAGCGGGCAACUUUACAAUUUGCCGGUCUUCAGCAUGGGCGAGCCGCAUGGUCACGUCCGCUUGGUGGGUGGAAUCGCACCAAGUAUCCAAAACUGCACCGAGUGGAGAAUUCUUAACCGUAGGGUCAUUUAUGGUACGAGGUAAAAAGAAUUUCUUGCCUCCGAGUCCACUAGAAAUGGGCUUGGCCGUGCUGUUUCGGUUAGGCGACGACGAUAGUAUUGCCAGGCACAAAACCGAACGUAGAGACUUUGCCCUGAUUGAGUUAGAGAAUUCUAGCGUGGAUGUGCUCGACGCCGUAUCGUCGUUUCAGAUGGAGCCGAAGACAAAUAUUGAAGGUCAAGAGGCUACGACACACAGAGACACAACAGAGCACGAAGGAUCCGAUUUAGUAUCGGAUGAGGUCUGGAUGACGCUUCCGAAAGUCAUCGUCUCAAACAGCACGUCUAGCGCUGAAAAUCUGAUCAACGAUCCUACGCGCGACGACGGUAGUUGUGGAAGCGAUGGCAACGAAGAAGCCAAGAAAGGGUCGACCACAAACGAAGGAAAUGGACGCCGUACAAAAAAGGGCCUUUCGGUCAAAGAAAGGAAGCAAAUGAAGAAAUACGGUUCGCUCGGCGAAGCUAGGAAGUUGCACUCAACAGUUGCAGUUGACAAGUCAUCCACAGAGGAUACCCACGGUCAGCAGCCUGUUUUGCCCUCCUUGGACGGCCUCAUUGACGCGAGCAAACUGAAGAGAGGCAAGCGAGCGAAAGCGAAACGUGCCAUGCUAAAGUAUAUGGAUCAGGACGACGAAGAUCGAGAGUUGGCGAUGCUGGCACUGCAAGGAGGUGAAGGAAAAAAUCGAAAAAAGGGCAAGAAUAAACGCAGCCAAGGACCUGUGUCAGCAGCGCAAAGUCAAGUCGCAGGAGAAACUGCUGCAUUAUUAGUAAGAGAUACGUCCGAGACCAUUGAACAGCUACCCGGUCAAGUCGUAUCUAUUUUGCAAGAAUGCCUAACUGCAAACAAUGGACUAGGCAAGCAUAACGAAGCGAUUCGCUGGGAUAAACUUGACUCCGACACUGUGGAGCAGCUUGUUGCGCUAGAGUCCUUGGACGCGCAAGUAGCUGCCGCAACACGUCUUUUGAAUUUAAAAACGAGUACUCGAGUGGACAACUUCUCAGCGAGUUUAGGUGGUAUUAUUCGUACUAUUCGAAAAUACGGAUACAGUUGUCUCGAUGAUGAAAAGACCGAAGUACUAGAAAAGCCAAAAAGGAAGACGAAAGCGCAGAAAGAUGUUGAAAGUACACAGUGGAAGCAAACAAUGGAAGAGGAGGGAGUUGUUGGUAGCGACCUGGAUGAAGAUGCGGUCGAUGAUACGAUCGAGCUGAGCAAGUUAUCUGGAAUGCCUCAAGCGGAAGAUCUUGUUCUCUAUGCAGUACCAGUCUGCGCACCUUACCAAACUCUUUCAAAGUACACAUAUCGUGUCAAACUCACACCUGGUAGCACGAAGAGAGGAAAGGCUGUCAAGCAGUGUGUGGACAUGUUUUUAAAGAACAUGGUUUUGAAAGAGCCUUCCGCCUCGGAGCAUUGUACAGAACUCAUCAAGAAGCUCGGAGACAACGAUUGGGUACAAGUUAUUUGUGCAGAUGUAAAAAUAUCUGCACCGGGGGCUAGCAAGACAGCGAAGAAGCACAGAGCAAUCACUAAGAAGAAAAACAAAUAGUGAAUACUU